UUGUAGUUUCACGCCGACCCGUCGGAUAACAACCGAAGGGCAAAAACAAAAUGUUCAUUUUCCAAAAAUGAUUUUGCAAAAGAAACAUUCAAUUAUUAGUUUAAGAUAAAGAAUAUGUGGGUCGCUCGGCGGUUCUUGUCGUCGGUCGCUCAGAGAAGUCAUUACGCAGGACGGUCCGGGUUGUUCCGUCGGCCUCAGCACGCCGCCCUGCCCGAGCUGGAGCUGCGGUAUCUCCAGUGCACGUGCUGCUGGCGGAGCAGGGUCCCCGUGGCGGGGUUCGAGACCCUGGACUCCACCCUCUCGUCCCCCUUCUCCGAGGCCUCCUCCUCCUCCUGCGAAGAGGACAACAGACCGCUGGAUGCGUGCUACACCUCCGAGCAGAAGCAGACCAUCCUCCACCUGCUGAACAACGCCACCCCGGAGCAGCUGGCCGACGUCAAGCUCCUCAGAGGCCGCAAGUCGCUCAACAUUGUGGCGCACAGGACUAAGAACGGACCCUUUAAAACUCUGGAGAGUGUGGUGGAUGUGCCGCUGCUCAAGCACAAGAGUGCAGUGACGGUGUUCAACUCCAUCCUCAACCCGGUGAAGAAGGAGAAGAAAGUGAGAAUCCAGCUGGCCAAGUUCAUCAGGCCAGAGGUUGACAGGACUUGGUUGGAGGAGGCCAAUAACGUUGUGUCUAUAGUCUGUGGGACUCAGAAAAUAGCCUGGGCGAAUGUGGACCGAGGGAUGACCGUACUGGACUGGCAGCAGCUCGAUUGUCCAAAUUUCUUGAGGGGGACGUACAUGGCCUCUGCUUACUUGAACGAUGUAUCUGCGUUAGUGACACUUCUCCCGUCGGCAGACUUCUACAUAAUAGAGAAAUCCUCUAUCUCAGUCCAGAAUACGACUCUGUUCCCCAUCAUGGCCCACAUGAGGGCUGUGGAGGCCAUGCUGUUCGCUCUGCUGGAGCCUAGAAACACCCCUCCAGACUCCAACAUUCCUCCCAGAGUUUUGAACAUGAUGCGUACCGCUGUGGGACGUCACUUUGGACUCAUGGUGGGGGAUGCGCGGACCAGCGGGGCACAGGCGGUGCGACAGCUGAUGACUGAGUCGGUGACACAGAAGCUUCCUCGGAUUAACUUCCCCCCAAAUCUGCUGAUGAAGUACAGGAAUGCUUUCCAGCUGGGCAGCAGGAGAGGAGGAGAGGAACUUUGUGACGCGCUGCUUCAGGCUGUGACUUUUUACGAGCUGCUCAGCCAGUCUUCCAGCUAGCCAGCGCAUGGAGGCGAUCUCUGCCGUGAACAUGCACUUCAUCCACUCAAACAAAUCUCCUGAGGAACUCUGAGCCCGUUUAGAGUUUUACCAAAUGUUUAAGCUUGGAACAGAUCUGGUGGUGGUUCAUACAUUCAAUAUUCUAGCUGUUAAAAAACAAACCUUCCCACUGUUAUUUUGGAUGCUGAGUGUCAGGGUUGUGAAUCUAUUUUGUAAUUUUUGCUGUACAAAAUAAUUCACUACUUUGCAUAAAGUAAUAUCUAUGAUCA